AUGGCGGAUCCAACUGAAUCAACUACACAUGGCUUGUAUUUGACGGGUAACUUUGAAAUCGAAAAGAAGACUUCCCCAGAAAAUGGGUGGCGAGCAGAAUACAGAACUUACGCUACUUCAAUCACCAGCGGAGGAGCUCACAGAGAGCGAUCAAUGAGUUACGAAAUUAUUGCUAGAGGAUUCAGUCACACUCAAUUCAAACUUGAACCCGGCAACAUCUAUUUAUUAAGAGGUUCUUUCUUCCCUUCUAAUUCCGAGGAAACUAACAAAGAUAUAUUGUUCUUUGAGGCCUCCGAUAGAGUAUUGAUCAGUUCUUCUGCAAACUUCACUGGUAAUCUGGUGGAUUCAAUUGGAGUCACUGGAGUUGGGAUCGUUAAAGCUAUUACUAAGAUUCCAGAACCAAGAACCAAUGGUUGUUUACCUAAUCCUGCUGAUGAAGGAAAAUUUGUAACGGUUGUCACCGUUUUGCACUCCGAUUACCACCCUAUUGCGAAAGAAGCUAAACAAUGCACAGUUCAAUACCGCAUUCCGCCUACUCGCAACUUAGCCGGAACUCCCAAAAUCCUGCAGAUUGGCCGAGAAUAUCAAUUCCAUGGCUUUUUGAAAGACUUUGACGAAGAAGCUCUUGUUUAUAUAGUCAUUGCAAACAAGGUGUCGCCAACUACUGGUAGUAAGGAGUAUGACGUGGGAACCAACGCUAGCAAUGAUACCAAGGGCGAUCAGAAACCUCAAAUCUCUCGAAAGAAACCUGUAAAAUUUACUCCACGGGCUUUGAAUACUCCCUUCAAAUCCCCGGUUUUAGUUACUGAGUCGGAAUCAACUCCCGAUCUCAAAUUUGGUCCAUCUGAUUUUAGCCCAUCGUCGUUUUUGUCUGGUUCCGGCGAACCAACAGCUGGUCCAUCAGGUAGCUCCCCCAAUACUGCUUUGUCUAGCUUUCUUCCAACUCCUCCCAACAAGAGAAAAACUCGUGCACUCCCCAAACGCGCCAACAAAAAGGGAAAAACUGUAGAUUUGAGCUAA